AUGCAAUCUGUUGAUCAGAUGAAUGAUAGACGUGAAAUUAAAAAUAACAAUAAUUCCAUUGAUACACAUACACAUCCUAGUAAUAUACUAAAUAAUCACCAUGAAAAUAUCAGUCAGACUACUAUAUCCAAUACUACUGUACAACAGGAGAAGGUAGAUGCUUCAAGUGCAACUACAACAACAGCAACAGAAACAACAACAGCAGCAAUAUCCCCAUCUACAUCUACUGGUCCAUCCACGGGCAUCGCUUCUACUCCAUCAUUCCCACCUACGGUUUCACCGUCUUCGCUUAAUAUACAACAGCGCAGACAUCGAUUGAGUGUGUCUCAUGAAGACAUCGAUUUACAAUCAGCUGAUCCAGGCACCAUUAGAAUUGACUGCAGUGGAGCCUAUAUUGCCAAUGAUGACUUGUUACGAGGCUCUAUUGCUGUUGAGGAUGAAAAUAAUACUUCGCCAUCAUCAUCAAAUACACUGACACCGCCAUCUUCAAGCACAUCUUCCGAUUUCGAAGAUGAUGAAAAUGGAGAUACUUCAAUUGAUGUUGGAGAUAAUAUUAUACGUAAUGGAGGAGUUGGCACUAAAAAUAACAUCAAUUUGCCUCAACAUAACGAUGAGAUUAUACACAUAUCGGUGGAUAUUGGUGGAACUUUGACUAAAUUGGUAUACUUUAGCACAUCAUCGUCGUCUACCACCUCCUCAUCAACAUCCACAUCACCAAAGCACAAUUCCACUGGAGGAAAAUUACAUUUUAGAGAUUUCCAAACGGAGAAUUUCAAAGUUGAAGCUAUGCGGUUUAUGAUUCACUUGAUAUCGAAAUCAAUAUCACAAACAAACUCACGGCCUCCUAUAACAUAUAUCAUGGCUACUGGUGGAGGUGCCCACAAGUUUUAUAAUUUAAUGACCAAGACAUUUAGAAAACGCAAUUUACCGAUGAAGAUUAUUGCCAAGGAUGAAAUGGCCUGUUUGAUAAAGGGUCUUGAUUGGCUUAUAACCAAGAUUCCUCAAGAAAUAUUCACGUAUGAUUUAAAUGACCAAUGCACUCGAUUCCAACCAUUACAAUCAAAACAAGAGAUUUACCCCUAUUUAUUAGUCAAUAUAGGGUCGGGUGUAUCGAUGAUCAAAGUCACCAAAGCGGGACCUGAUGGAUUUGAAAGAAUUGGCGGUAGUUCACUAGGAGGCGGUACAUUAUGGGGCUUGCUUUCUUUAUUGACUGAUGCUAAAGACUACAAUGAAAUGUUGGAAAUGGCACAGAGGGGGGAUAAUGAAAAUAUUGAUUUAUUGGUGGGUGAUAUCUACGGGCUGAAUUAUAACAAGAUUGGACUUAAAGCCAACCACAUUGCCUCAUCAUUUGCUAAAGUGUUUAAAAAAUUACGAUUCAAUAAUAAACCAAUGACAACUGCCGAGAAGUUAUCACAAUUUAAACAAGAAGAUAUUGCUCGAAGUUUAUUAUUCAGUGUUAGUAACAACAUUGGACAAAUUGCCUAUUUGCAUGCUUUAAGAUUUAAUUUGAAGAGAAUAUAUUUUGGUGGUCUGUACAUCCUGGGCCAUAUGCAAACGAUUCAUACAUUGAGUUAUGCGGUUAAUUUUUGGUCAAAGGGCGAUAUGCAGAGUUAUUUCUUGCGACAUGAGGGAUAUUUGGGUAGUGUUGGUGCGUUUAUGAUGGGUCCUGCUGUCGAAGAGAACGGAAAGCAGCCGCAGCAAUUGAAAUAA